UCGCGCACUUGGGUGGAUCAGUGUUCUGCGCUAAAUUGUUCUCUUUGCGAAUAGAAUAUCCCCGUCGUAACGAGAAUUGGCAACAUGCAGAUUCGGCAGAGUUCUCAUGAAGUGCCCGCGAUCAACGAAGCCUGAUUGAAGCUCCGCAUUCUUCGAGAUGAGUGAGUCCGUCAAAGUGGCAUUAAGAUGCAGGCCGAUGUCCGUUCGGGAGCAGCAAGAAGGAUGUCGGAAUGUCUUGACGAUAGACCUGCAGGGUAAGACAUGUACCCUAGAAAAUCCAAUGUGUGGCGGAGGCGGGGCCGGGGGUGGAGGAAAGAUGUUCCAGUUUGACGCGGUCUUCGAUCAGACCGUGUCAACGGAGGUCGUGUACGAGCAGGUUGGCUCGCCCGUGGUGGAGGCCGUUCUAGAGGGUUACAACGCGACGGUCUUCGCUUACGGGCAAACCGGAUGUGGAAAGUCUUUCACGAUGCGAGGCGUGGUGGAGCGGAGUUUGGAACACCUUUUCGAGGCGACAUCGACGUCAUCAUCAGAGACGCGUUACCUCGCGCUUCUGAGCUACUUAGAAAUCUACAACGAAAGACUGAGGGACUUGCUGGGGGACGGCGACGGCGACGGUGCCUCAAACCUGCUGCAGCUCAAGGAGGAUCCUUCACGCGGCACAUACGUGGCUGGUGGCCUCAGGGAAGUUACCGUCAAGGAUGCUGCAGAAUGCAGUCGCCUCCUGGUGCAAGGGGAUCAGAAAAGAGCCGCUGCUGCGACGCGGAUGAACGCAGCUAGUUCCAGGAGCCACGCGGUCCUGACGCUUGCCUUGGAGGCGAUCGCGAUAAACGAUAAGCAGAACAGCGCUGUCCGCAAGGGGAUGCUGCAUCUGGUGGAUCUCGCCGGCUCCGAGAGGCAGGGGAGAACAGGAGCCACGGGGGAGAGGCUCAAGGAGGCGGCAAGUAUCAACCUGAGCCUCUCAGCCCUGGGGAACGUGAUCAGCGCUUUGGCGGCGGGAAACGGAAGACACGUACCCUACAGGGACAGCAAGCUGACGAGACUUCUGCGCGACAGUUUAGGCGGAAACGCCAGGACGCUGAUGAUCGCCUGCGUCAGUCCGAGCGACAUAGACGCCGACGAAACGUUGAGCACAUUGAGGUACGCGGCUAGGGCUCGGUGCAUAAAGAACAAACCGGUCGUCAACGAGGACCCCAAAGACGCUUUGCUCAGGCAGUAUCAAUUGGAACUACAGCGUCUCCGGAAGCUACUCGAGACUAGCGAUAAUCCGGCGACGGAAUUAUUGAUAAGUGAUGUCCAGGGCGAUAGGAAGGUUUCGAGCCUAACGGAUCGCCGUGAACAGAGCGAUUCUGAGGCGGAGGAUAAAACGAUCCGGCAAGUUGCCUUCGAGGAAGAAGUACAAAGACUGAGGAAAGAGUGCGAGGAUUCCAAUCUCUCGGCUCAGCGUCUUCAGGAGGAACUUGAAAACCUACGAACGCGAUAUGAGGGUUCUGGAUUAACAGAAGCGAAAGACGUUUGCGAGAGCGAAGGUGUUCUAGAGAGGAGGAAACGAAAGCGAGAAAUCGCGAAAAAGGAGGUCCUCAAGAGGCUGGAGAAACUGACCAUCGGUGGCGAAGCUCGGGGAGACGAGGAAGCGCGCAAACGAAGAGAGCGGCGGAGAAAACGAUUGGAGGUAAUAGCCGGGGCUCUGGCCGGUACCAGCGAAGGGACCGAAGGUGCGGUCGAAGUUUAUGGUCAGCUGAAGUCAACGGAGGAGGCACUGAAGCGGGCGAUUCGCCGGACUCGACAGUUAGAGUCCGAAAAUGCGGAUCUCCAAGCGUCUUGGGAUGCUGAGAGACGCGAUCUGCUUCGGCGAGAACUCCUGGCCACCCAAUUGUGCGACGCGAUGAUUCCACACCUGAGACCAGGAUGCCCUUUUCGCGACAUCGAAGCUGUCAGAGCCGCGGCUUCCUGGUGCGAUGAAUUGUCGCGGUGGCGGCUACCGGACGUUUCGCCUCGUAUUCCUCUCCCGCCGCCGACGCUAUCACAACCCAACCGUGAAGUCGAGGGUAAACCUAUGUCGGGGGUGCAACCGGACCAUAACAACAACGACAACAACAACAACACCGUAAACGAUAUUAAACCUCAGGAUAUUGCAGACGCAUAUUUUCGCAGAAGUAGAGUCGACGCGUUGCUCGCUCACGCUCGGGAAGCUAAGAGUCUUGGUGAACGGAACGUAAAGCAAAUUCAGGAAUACGUUGGUCGGCAAAGUAAAUCUGGUGGAUCUGGCGAAUCAGUUUCUGGAGCGAACAGCUACCUGCAAUUGAACGCCUUGAAUUUACAGAGCAGUGCUCCGCCGGUUUCCACCAUGGCCAGCACAGACUCCGCGAGCAAACCGGCCACCCGCCAAUUAUUCGGAAAUGCGACAAUAUCCGGUAACUGGCUCAUCGAUGAUGUCAACCUGAAACCUGCGGACCCGAGUCCUUCUUCAACGAUGGAACUGAAAAGAAUUCCACCACGUAUACUCGAGGCUCUUCCGUCCUACCCGUUACGGAGGGUCAAGAUUUCGCCUACUCCUGUUGCGGUUUACUCACCAAGGCAGGAUUUGGAAUCGAAUCUUCUCCCCCAUCACGCACGCUCACCCACCUACUGAAGAAAGAGGAUAUGUCGGUGCAGAUUUGAACAGGGUUCGACAAAAUGUUCAAUACAUCCAUAAGAUUCGCAUGAGUACGUUACAUUUUAUGAGAUAUAAGACAGGGACUUUAAAUCAUUCUUAUACAUCACAUGUUACAGCUGUACGUGAGAUUAAUUUGAAAUAGUGUGAUCGGUGUGUAUGAUAUGUAUAUAGAAAGAAAAUGAAUUUAAAAUGAAAUAACUAUUUAUUGUUUUGA